UGUUGAAUUAGAGCCUUAUUUGCUGUAAAUGUCUCUUACGUUAGAAAUAAUUGAUGACAUCGGAGACACUAUGGAUCAGACCAAUGAUCGACUGCUGAGGAAUACGAGAAAUAUACAAAAAGUCAACAGAAAAGCAGGCACUUGUGGCGUUUCGACAAUUCCUAACCAUUGCUUCACUAAUACGUCGUGGGCCCGAUAUAUGUUGAUAUCCUAA